CACCAUCAACACCUGCACCACCAUCACCACCACCACCACCACAACAACCAACACCACCGCCGCCGUCAUCACCGGGCCACCGCGUCAGCCGCGGCCGCCGUCACCACUGACGACGAAGAAGACGGGAAACCGCAGAAGAAACGGCGUCCGAGCACCGACACGACGACGGCCACGGUACGUUUGGCCGGGUCAUCGCCGUCUGACGAGAUAAUCAUAUCGUCGUCCACGUCCAGCCCGCCCCCGCGUCCACCGUCGGCCACGGCGUCCACGGCGGCCGAGCCGGUGCUCGAGGAACGGUGCAACUCGGAAGAGCUGCAGCACGUCAGCUGCCGGCUGGAGACCAAAGACCUGUGGGACAAGUUCAACGAUCUGGGCACGGAGAUGAUCAUCACGAAAACCGGCAGGAGAAUGUUCCCGACGGUCCGGGUGUCGUUCGCAGGGCUCCGAGCCGACCAGCGGUACGCGGUGCUGAUGGACAUCGUGCCGGUGGACAACAAGCGGUACCGGUACGCGUACCACCGUUCGUCGUGGUUGGUCGCGGGCAAGGCGGACCCGCCCGCGCCGCACCGGCUGUACACGCAUCCCGACUCGCCGUUCACCGGGGACCAACUGCGCAAACAGGUGGUGUCCUUCGAGAAGGUCAAGCUCACCAACAACGAGAUGGACAAACACGGACACUUGGUGUUGAACUCGAUGCACAAGUACCAGCCCCGCAUACACCUGGUGAAGAGACACGGCGAAUCGAUGACGGCCGGACAUCCCGUCGUGGACCUGGAAACCGAGGAGUACAAAACGUUCGUGUACCCGGAGACGACGUUCACGGCCGUCACAGCGUACCAGAACCAGUUGAUAACUAAAUUGAAAAUUGACAGCAAUCCGUUCGCAAAAGGUUUUCGAGACUCAUCGAGGCUAACCGAAUUUGAAAGGGAAACGAUGGAGUCGAUGCUGAGCGAGCACCACAUGCUCAGGACGCCGUUGUUGGACCCGGCCAGCGGUCUGAGCCAGUUGACGGCCGAGGAACGGGCUGUGCUCGCGGCCAGGUCACAGCUUUUCCUGCGCGCGGCCGCCGCCGCGGCCGCGGUCAGCGGUCCGUACGGUCCGCUGUGCGGCAUAUACAAUGCGGCCGCCGCAGCCGGUGGCCAACACCUGUGGAACCAGUGGGCGUCGCUGCAGGGCCCGGCCGGUCUUUACCAGCAGUUGGCCGCGGCCAGCGGCGGUGGCCAGACCACCAUGGCGGCCGCGGCCGCAGCCGCAGCUCAUCAGCAACAGCAGCAGCACCAGCAGCACCAGCAGCAGCACCACUCGAACCUGUACCAGCAACACGUGGCGGCCGCGGCGGCCGUCAACGGGUUCAGGUUCUCGCCGUACCUGGUGACGCCACCGUCGUCCCUACCGCCACCGCCGCCGCCGCCACCAUCGUCGUCACCGGACACCGGUGGCUCUCCGGAACUUUCGCCGCUCGGACACCAGACGACGCCGCAUUAGCCGCCACGACUGGAACUCGGACGGAUCGAAAGUUCGCCGACACGUUUCUCCCAUCUUCUGUGUGUGCGUGCGUGUGUGUGUGUGUGUGUGUGUGCGUUUGUUAAUAUUUUUUGUAAAUAAUAAUUUUCCCGUGUACAUGACGUGUAAUAAUAGAACAAUAUGUUGUACCGUAGCCCUUACGCGCAGCGCGCCCAAGCGCCUCAUUUAAAUUUAAAUUUCUAAUCGUCGACGUUAUGUUAAUCUAAUCUCGCAGCGAUCGUCUCGUAACGUCGCGGACCUACGCGUCACUAUCAUUAUUAUUAUUAUAAUUAUUAUCAUCAUUAUUAUU